AAGAGCAGUGAGAAGAUGUGGUCUUCUUUGAUUACCCCCACUUUUCUAUUCUUGAGUUUUUUUUCUGUGGAAUUGGCCCCAAAUCCAGAGUCAGCCACAGAUGAAAAUGACAGCUACCCCCCUUUUUGGGACCAGAUUAAUGGUGAUAUAGCAGAAUUUCCAGUACAGAAUAACAAAACAAUCAUUGAUCCCAGCAAAUAUAUUGAUCGAUUAAGAAUGUAUAAAAUCCUUAUUAAAAAAUCGAACAAAUAUUUUGCUGGAUUUGGAAACAACAAAACAGACAAUGUACUGUGGGCACUCACCUUAUAUUAUGGAAAGCUAUAUGAAACAGAUCGAUUUUCAGAACCUUCCAAUAGUUCAGUCUGUGCUUAUGACGCUGGAGCUCCUGGCUGUAUAUCUAUCAACAGUGGCUGGGGAGGCAUUAACUUCUAUGUGAUUGUUCUGUAUUUUCUUGCUGCAAUUGAAUCUGAGUUUCUGAAGGAUUUACCAUACCAGGUGGAGUUAGUAUCUCGAGAAGAAUACAGGUCUGACUUCUGUUAUUCGAUUGCAGAAUGCCGUGCAUCCUACCCACAAGCUAUGGAUGCAGUCAACAGGUUUUAUCAGUAUUUGCUGUCCAGAGAGAUCACUUUCAUUAUCAGAGAUGUUCCUCAUUACAACAUAGAUGAAGACACCGUGAUCCUUUACAUGUGAGAGGCCCAUCAAGUAGGCAUUGAUAUUGGAACAUCGAAGUUCUCUGACGUGUCAUUCUAUUCUUCUGAAACUGAAAGAGACUUCAGCCUGGACUUUCUAGUUACCAUAGAAUUUUUGGAAGCAGCAUUAUAUCGCCCGUACUUUGAAAGUUCAGCAGAAAUAUUAGUGGGUUUCCCUCAUAGGCUACUCACAGAUCAAGAUCGUAUAGUUCUCACAAGUAACUUCAACAUACGGGAGAAAGCCCUUUUGACUUUAGUAAAACUCACUUCGGAAAUAAAUAAACUCACAGGAGGUGCAUUUUUUACAAUCUGGAACAAGGUUAUGAAUUUAAAACCUGCACGGUCCGUGGCACGAUUCCUCCUUAAGCGGCUACUCUUAAUACCAAUUUCUUAAUAGCCUAAAUUUAUGCUAUUAUGUUGACCAAUUUAAUUACAUAUAAAAAGCAAUUAAAUGUUAGAAUUUAGAUUUUAUGAAAAUUUCUCUGGUUCCUACUAUCUCUGGUGCACCUUUGUAUUUUUGAAGUUAAUAACCAAUGAUCUACCCCAUGCCACUCUCAGAAGUUCAGUACAUAUCUGGUGGAAGCCAAAUUAAUCUUAUGGAAUGCCUGAGUUACAUAUGAAUAUACAAACAUCUAUGUUGAUGGCAGGUUUUGAUUAUUUUUUCAACGUUCAAUCUAAACUGGCAUAUAAGCAAGGUAAAUUCCUCUCUAACAGAUAGAUCAUUCUUACACAAUGUUGGUUUGGCUCAGUGGAUAGAGCAUUGGCCUACGGAUGGAAGGGUUCUGGGUUUGAUUCCAGUCAAGGGCAUGUACCUCAGUUGCAGGCUCCUACCCAGCCCGGGCUCUGGUCAGGGCUCGUGCAGGAGGCAACCAAUAGAUGUGCUUUUCUGAUAUCAGUAUUUCUCUCCCUUCCACUCCCUCUAAAAAUCAGUGGAAAAAUAUCCUUGGUUGAGGAUUAAAAACAAAAUAAUAAUAAAAUCAAUAAAGACAUUAAAAAAAGAUAAAAUGUUAGACACCUGAAAUAGAAAUUUUAUAUAUUUUAAGUGUGUGUGACUGAGCUCAAAGUACUUUGCAGUAUCAGCAAAAUUGUCAGUCCAGAUAGAGAAAGAGGCCAUUUUCUUGGUGUCUGAGCACUUGGAGAAAUAAUUUUUACCAUGUAAGUAGAAAACUUCUCAGCUACUCUAGUGUAAAACAUUAAAACUUAUAAUUUUAUUUUAAAUAUAAUUUUGGCUAAUAUUGAAGUUCCUAUAUGGAAAAAGCACAUAUUUUAAAAUAUGAGUUAAAAGUUAUCUAAAAUUAUCUGGCCAGCAUGGCUCAAUGGUUGAGUAUCGACCUAUGAACAAAGAGGUCACAGAUUCCCAGUCAGGGCAUAUGCCUGGGUUGUGGGCUCGAUGCCCAAUGUGGGAUGUGCAGGAGGCAGCCGGUCAAUGAUUCUCUCUCAUCGUUGAUGUUUCUCUCUCUCUCUCUUUCCCUUCC